AUGGCGGACAAGGAAGAGGACUUUAGCUCCCUUCCGCUACCAGACCGCUUCACUCACAAGCUCUGGAAAGUGAGAAAAGAGGCCUACGAGGAGGCGGCAAAGCAGUUUUCCGUAUCGCCGGACGAAUCCGACCCGUGCUUCCGACCUUUCCUCAACGACCCAAACCUGUGGAAGGCCGCCGUGUCAGACUCCAACGUCGCCGCGCAACAAGAAGGCAUCAUCGCGCUCUGCGCAUUUCUCAAGUAUGGCGGACGCGACUGCGCGCUGCGGACGCGCGGGCUGACCAUUACGCCAAUGGUCGAGAAGAGCCUGUCGUCUACGAGGGCAGCCACCAAGCAGAAUGCCCUCGAGGCGAUCCUUCUCUACAUUGAGCUGGAUGUUGCCGCGCCAGUGCUGGAAGACGUGAUGCCCGGCCUCUCCAACAAGGUGCCCAAAAACGUGGCAGCGACGCUCAACGCCUUGACGGCCAUCUUUCACAACUACGGCUGCAAGACGGUCGACCCGAAACCCGUCCUCAAAGCGUUGCCAAAGGUGUUUGGUGCCGCUGACAAGAACGUUCGCGCCGAGGCGACCAACCUCACCGUGGAGCUGUACCGAUGGUUGCGUGAGGCCAUGAAGCCCAUGUUCUGGGGGGAGCUGAAGCCGACGCAGCAGACUGACCUGGAAUCGCAGUUUGAAAAGAUCAAAGCAGAGCCGCCGCCAAAACAGGAGCGUCUCCUGCGGUCCCAGCAAGCCGCCGCGGAGACUGCCGCCGGUGGCGAUGAGGACGACGGGGAUGCGGCCGGGGAGGAGGCCGACGCUGCUGAAGAGAUGGACGCUUUCUCCCUCGCAGAGCCCGUCGACAUUACCAAGAAGAUCCCGCCCAACUUUAGCGACAUGCUGGCGUCGUCAAAGUGGAAGGAUCGCAAAGAAGCGGUCGACGCACUCGGGCAAGCCCUCAACGUACCGCGCAUCAAGGACAGCGACUUCAACGAGGUGACGCGGGGCCUGGCCAAGUGCAUGAAGGACGCCAACGUCGCGGUCGUCACGCAAGCCGCGCAGUGCAUCGAACUGCUGGCCAAGGGCCUGCGGCAGGCCUUUGCCAAGCAUCGCCCGACCGUCAUGCAGCCCAUAAUGGAUCGCCUGAAGGAGAAGAAGCAGACGGUCGCCGAUGCCCUUGGCGCCGCCCUUGAUGCCGUCUUUUCGUCCACAAACCUGGCUGACUGUCUCGAGGACAUUAUCGCGUACCUCAGCAACAAGAAUCCCCAGGUCAAAGAGGGAACGAUGAAGUUUCUGAUCCGCUGCCUGCGGACCACGCGAGACGUGCCGAGCAAGCCUGAAAUCGCGUCCAUCUGCGAAGCCGGCAAGAAGCUGCUAUCCGAAUCGAGUCCCGCGCUGCGUGACGGUGGCGCGGAGAUACUGGGAACGGUCAUGAAGAUCAUCGGAGAGCGUGCCAUGACGCCGUACCUCGACGGCCUGGACGACAUCCGAAAGACCAAGGUCAAGGAAUUUUUCGAGACGGCCGAGGUCAAGGCCAAGGAGAAGCCCAAGCCUGCACCCGCCGCCAAGGCCCCGCCGGCGUCGGCGAAGAAGGUCCUAGGAGCGAAGAAGCCAGUUGCGAGGAAGGCCGCGCCGGCGGCGGCUGCACCGGCGGCAGAGUCAGCGCCGUCGUCACCACGGCCCACGUCCAAGGUCGGCCCCCCAGGAAGCAAGUUGGGGCUGCCCAAGUCGUCAGGCUUGGGCGGGCUCAAGGCACCGCAGAAGCGUACCAUCGGAGCGCCCGGGACGGCCUCUCCCAGGCGCGCACCGAGCGGGCCGCCGGUCAUGCCCGCCGACGACGAGCCCGCGGCAGCACCCCCACAGCCUCGCCUCGGACCGUCUCGGGGCUUAGCCGGCCGAUCGCUGGCAAAGCCUGCGGCUGCGCCUCCGCAGAUGCCGCCAGAAUCGCACCACCCGUCUAGCGGCUUCACUGCCGUGGAGCGGGCUGAGCUGGAAGAGCUCCGUGCCGCCAACGACCGUCUGACUCGACAGAUUGACGACUUGCGACAGGAGCGAAGCAAGUUCCUGUCCGAGAUUCAGGAGCUCAAGAACCAGAACGCCGGUCUCAUCGAGGACCACACGAGGGACGUCUUGAGCAUCAAGGCCAAGGAGACGCAGCUUGUGCGGGCUCGCAGCGACGCCGAGGCUACCGAACAAGUCAACGAACGGCUGCGACGGGAGAUGGACCGCUUGAAGAAGGCGCUCAACAAUGCCGAGGGGCUCAAUGCGGGCUCAGGAGUCAUCAGCCCGAGGGUUGCCUCCCCAGGGACCGACGACGUGGGAAUUUUCCGCGACCCUGGUUCAGCGGCUGCCAACCGCAACCGGAUGAGCUUUGCAAGCACCAUGUCCGAAGAAAAGGAGAACGGGGAGAUGAUGUAUCCGAGGACCAAGCUGAGCCCAGACGUGAGGCACAACGGGAGCUCCGCGUCGUCGGGUCGGGGUUCACCUGCCCGGAACUUUAGGAACAUGGCGGCGUAUCGGGACGACGCCAGCGACUCCGGGGCCACGAUGGCGAGGGACCGACCAGUGUCGUCUCUGCCGCAACCGUCGGGCGGUGGCGGAGUCGAGAGCUGGAGGCGAGCCGCGGAGGCCAAGCAGGGAUUCAACCGGCCGUGA